GUCGAAAGGCGGAGGGAGAUCACGCAUUUACCCCUGCUGACUCUCCAUUUGACAGAAGCCAAUGCAGAGGGGCGCACUCAGAUCACCACAGACAACCUUCUGAAAAAAAAAAAAACGCCGCAUGACAUCCCACCUAUUAUGUAGGCGACACAACUCGUUUGUCUCUUUUUAUUUCCUCUGGACAAUUUUACGCACCCCAGAAGACUAAAGAAAACGCCGCAGAGAUGAGUGUUGCGCGGUCUGGUGUGCUUCUGAAGGAUUCCCGCUCCUGAUAAAGGGACCAAAGAGGACAAAACGAGGCUUUUUUUUCUCCUUAAAGAAGAUCGCAAAUGUGGAGCGAUUAGAGAAGGGCUGAUGAAGGGACUAUUAAUCCUUUCAGUGCACCAAAAGCACCAAGGGGCAUUAGAAGCGUUUGGAUGGAAAUCGGAACUGUUUUUGGUUUUAUAUGAAACUGGUGAUUAAUUCUUGAGUUUUUUUUUCUUCUCUUCAACUUCACAGAUUUAAGGAGGUUUAUUUUCGUUAUUUCUUUCUUCCGGUAAGAGGUUUUGUAAAAGUGUGAAUUAGCAAGAAAAAUCCUUCUUAUCUUUGACUUUUUUCCUUCUUCAAGUAUUUCUAAAUCUAAAUGGAAUUAGUUGAGUGUGAAGCCGUUUGUGAAAGAAACAGACAUGGUACAUGGGCACAGCUUCCUUCACGUUGUGGCAAGUCUACUCAUACUCGGGUUGUCUGGGGCAACAAAAAAGGAUACGGCUACAGUGAAAAACAAUUCUGGAGUAAAGCCUGCAGGUCAGUGUGGAGCGUGGGUAAAAGAAGCAGAAGGAGGACUCUUCACCUCCCCCAAUUACCCAAACAAAUACCCCCCCAACACAGAGUGCGUUUAUAUCCUUGAAGCUCCCCCAAGACAGUGCAUUGAUCUACACUUUGAGGACAAUUAUUCAAUUGAGUCCUCUUGGGAAUGUAAAUUUGACAACAUUGAGGUUCGCGAUGGACCUUUUGGCUUCUCCCCGAUACUUGGGCGGUACUGCGGUCAGCACAGCCCACCAGAUAUCAGGAGUAGUGGCCGAUACUUGUGGAUAAAAUUUGUGACAGAUGGAGAACUGGAAGGGGUGGGAUUUUCAGCAAGUUACAACUUCACAGCAGAUCCCGACUUUGCUGAUUUGGGAGUACCCCCACCUCUGCCCUCCUGUCAGUAUGACAUGCUUGGUCCAGAAGGUAUCGUUGAGUCCCAUCAAAUUACCAGAGAUGGGAAAGCUGGUGCCGCUGAGGCUGUCGACUGUAAAUGGUACAUCCGUGCUCCACCCCGUUCCAAGAUCUAUCUGCGUUUUCUGGACUAUGAAAUGGCAAACUCCAAUGAAUGCAAGCGCAACUUUGUAGCAGUGUAUGAUGGAGGAAGCUCUGUGGAAGACCUGAAGAGCAAAUUCUGCUCCACAGUGGCCAACGACAUCAUGCUGGUUUCCACGCUGGGAGUUAUCCGGAUGUGGGCGGACGAGCUCAGCCGCAAGAGCCGCUUCCGCAUCCUUUUCACAACCUACCAAGAACCUCCAUGUGAUGCUGAUGCCUUCUUUUGUCACAGUAACAUGUGCAUAAACUACACUCUGGUGUGCAAUGGCAUGCAGAACUGUGUCUACCCCUGGGAUGAGAAUCAAUGCAAAGAGAAAACUAAUACCAAAUUCCUGGACAAUCUGAAUUCCACAAAUGGGGCCAUAAUUGGUGUGACUUGCUGCAUCGUCUUCAUCCUCCUCAUUGUCUCAGUAAUUGUUCAGAUAAAGCAGCCGCGUAAAAAGUAUAUCUUACGACGAGAAGACUUCGACCCCACUAUGUUUCAGGAGGUCUUCGAGCCCCCUCACUAUGAGCUAUGUACUUUACGGAGUGCUGCCACACCCACAGCAGCCUCUGCAGAUUUGGUUGACUUGGCGGAGGACUUUGAGAACUACCAUGCCCUCCGCCAGGCCUCCUCCCGCUGCAUCCAUGACCAUCACUGUGGCUCCCCCUCCUGCCCUGGAUCCACGCACAUAACGCAGCUAUCGCUGAGUGGGCGAGGGAGCCGGAGUAACUUAAGUGCCCGUGACUCAGGGGCCGCGGCAGCUCUGCUUGCAGACCUUCCACAGCCGCCCAUGUCUGUGCGGCCGCUGCUGCCAACCACAGGGAACCGCAGAAGCAUCUUAGUCAUGAAGCACAGCUACUCGCAAGAAGCGGCAGACAAUGGGUGCGACCUGGACGAUGACCUGGAAGAAGUUCCCACGACGAGCCACCGACUGUCGCGCCACGAAAAGGCAGUACAGCGACUUCUUGAGAAUAGUGCUAUCCUGGAACAGUACGAACGGGCGUCACUGACACAUGACAAAGCGGAGCGGAGAUUUACACCAGCAUGAUGCUGAUGAUGAUGAGGGGACACUUUAAUGAAAUGGAUACUGGAGGUGUAUUCAUGUGCAAAGAUUACAAAGGACUAGAUGGAAAUACUCUAGCCACAAUGUUGUGAAGGAUGGAUAUCUGAAAAACAGUCAUCUCUGCUGCUGAUGCAGUUUUUUGACUUAUAAAAGGAACACAGUUCAAGGACCUCUGUUUGGGCUGCGAAACAUCUGUGUCAUUAACAUAAAUUCCUUCCGACCACAAAAGAAAUUUGUAUGGAACAUGUCAAAGUUCAUUUUUCAGCAUGUCUUUUUUCAGUCAAUGGCAUACAUGUUAUGAUUUUCACAAAUAAUUAUAUAGGCUUGCAAUUGGUCUAUUUUCUUUUAAUUUAACCCUAUGUAUUACUAAACGAAUUAAAUUUUUUAUUGUGGGGUUAUGAAAGCUCGGUUUUAUGUUGGAUAACAAUCUAAGGUAGAGGUGUAUGGGUUGUGCAUGCUCUUUUAUUUUCCAUUAAAACCAUUAACAUACUAACAUUAAAGUUUAAAAAAGAAACACUCAUUCAUACACCGUAUGAGCUUUAGAUGUUAUUUAAAUAUCAUUCACAAUAUGUGUUAAAUACAUUGCAUGGUGUGUGGGUGAAUCACAACACGGCGUUCUUCAGUCAUAUUUUCACAAUCUAAUUUGAGUUUGACGUUGCUGUCUUUUGAUAUGUUGACUAACUUUUUGACUUAAACUUUCACUUUAAAAUUUGCCUUUUUGAAAAAUAUUUAAGUCUGACUGACUUCUCUUCUACUGAAGUUCAAUAUCUUUGUAUGAACAGAGACUUUUAUAAUAGGAAAAAAAAUGAAGUGACAGUUUAUACAUUGCUCAACUUAUUUUUCAGGGCUUAUUUAGCUGAUGCUUUUUAAAAUAAAUGCAAUACUUUUCUUUGAUUCAUUAGAUGUUAGAGUUCCUUCAUGUGCCCAUUCAGCGUGUCCUCAGAUUGUUGAACAAGCCAUUAACAUCUUUUUAUUAAUAUCUGUAACAGAUUUAGUUAAGACAUAAUUCUUUAACACUGUGUUUCUUCUUAUUGAAAGUAAGAUUAACAUUUUGAGAGGGCCCAGCCAGAAUGUGUUAAAGAAUCUGGUCAUUUAUGGAGGGAGCUAAAGAUUACAGUGAUAUCAAACACUUGGAUCUCAUCGCCAAAUGUAAACUAUAUAAAUAUUAGUCAAAACUUUAUUCUGUUUCAUAUUAUGUUAGCCAUUUGGGUGUAUCAUAAUCUUAUCUUCCAUUGAUAUGAAUCUUUUCUUUUUCUGUGUUUACUGGUUCAAAUCACCUGUGUGUCAACUACUUCAUAUCAAAGUGACAAAAUCAUGAUCAGUGAAGAUGGAGCAUCUCGAUAGCUUAGCUAUGAGGUUAAGAUUAUUUAAUGCAAGUGUUAUUUUAUUGCGGUAAUAUUUUUGAAUAGCACUCACAUUUAUUUCAAUGCCAAUAACACUACAUUGCAAUGCACAUGCAAUUAAAUAAAUGUGCGUUCCAUGGUAUUGUUUGAAAUGCCUAAGAAAAUUGUUUGAGCAUGGCUCUGCUAGGGAUUAAAUUAUUUAUAAUACAGCAUCAGAUGCAUAGAAAAUUGAUGCCUGAGCAUAAUUUAUUUAAAACUAGGUAUCUUUGUAAACCAUUGAAACAAAAUGCAGCUACUCAAGUUUCAUAGAAAUACAUGUUUACAUAGCAAACAUGAAAAUAGUUUAUUGGGUGUUCUUGACAAUUUUUGCUUCUUGGCUUUUUUUAAACAACAAAUAAGAAUGGAUGUAUUAUUUAUCUAAUUUUAAAAUGAUUUUAAAAUUAUUGUGAUUUUUUUUCUGGUAGGUAAACAUUUAUUGAUGAAAUAGGGUGUAUUUUCAUUAUCACAUGUCGACAAAAAAGAUCAAUCCAGCUGUCCAAAUAGCUGGAAUAGUUUUGUGAGACAAACUAACAGAUAAAAAUGGUUUGUGUUUACAAUCCUGAGGAUUAUUAUAAUUAUAUCCUGGUCAUCAUUAUAAAAUCAAUAUUACACAUUAUACAGUCAGUCAAUGGUGUUUUAUUGAGCAUAUAUCAGUCACAGUCCAGGAUGGAAAUAAUAAAUAGUCUGUUUAGUUGCAGCAGUUGUUUUUAGAUGGCUCCAUUAAGUGCUAAAAUAUACAAUCACAUGAAUUAAUUUAAGGUAAUUAUUUCUAACCACUAAAAUAUUUUCACUUUUACCAAAUAUGUGAACACUGUUGACUUAAAACUAUUUUGUAUGACAUAACACGGCUUUGCUCUUAGGCUGAAGUAAUAAAUUUGACUCCGGUCUUUCCAAAACAUGAACCUUUUUUUUUCUGUUGUUUUCCAUCUAUUCUUACGAUGAUCGUACUCCUGCCUAGAUAAGUAGACAGGAGUAUAUGUUUAACACUUACGUAGAGUUUUUUUAACACCAUGUUGCCAUUCAGUGUUAAACUAAAUAGGUGUUUAGUUUAACACCCAUUUACAUUAACUUGCCAUUAAACUAAAUCCAAUUAGUUUUACACGAAAUGGCAACAUGCAUAUGAGAUUACAUUAUGCAUAUUGUUGUGCAACAGGAAUUGUUUUAUGUAAUUAUUAAUAAUUAUGACUAAUAAUUUACUAUUAAUAAAAUUAUUAGUAGAGUUUAAAUUGUUUUUUUGUUUUUAUUUAAGGAAAAAAAAAGUUCAGGCACCAUUUUACAGAACCAAACUCGUCAGUCUGACAAGUUUUGAAUUGAACCCUACUGAAGAAAUAAUACUUCACACAUUUCAUGGAAUACACAACAACUUCUUUUAAAAGCAUCUGAAUGUAGAAGCAAAAAUAGAUUCCCCUUACAGUAACAAUAUUCAGCCAGCAACUCCCUUAUCGGACUACUAAUUACGCAAUCUACUGCUCCACAGACAAUCAACAAUCAAGAAUCACAUCAACUAACUAAUGAACUAUAAUUAAAGAAUGGAAUACUGAAAUAUACUCCAAGACUAAUGAGCUAAUUAAGAAUAUAUGAGAGCACAACAUGUGAGGGAAGACAAGGAGAAAGAAAAGGGGAAGGUGAAAAUGUCAAGCGUCAGGGCAAGUAAACGACUUGCGCAAUAAGCAAUAAAUCUUAAACGUUUGGCCUCACUUAGCCUACACAAAAGACACAAAAUGUGUGUGUGUCUUCCUGUGUCUUCUUAGGAGGAUUUUUCCUCCACCACGUUAUCUCUGCAACUUUUUGUAAAAAUUCCCUUCUCACCCACUGCGGGUGGUUCUUAUCCUCUGAGCUUGGGUACUCUAUACCCAUACCUAUA